AUGGGUGCGAAAUUCGAUGAAAUAUCAGAAUCUGAAAUUCCAUUCCCUCAUAGAAAAGGGAAUUUGUACAAUAUUCAGUACUUGAACUACUGGAGCGAUAACAGUGAGAGUAUAUCAAGCCAGAAGAUAGGAUGUCUGAGGAAACUUUACAAGGAAAUGGAGCCAUAUGUUGCAAACUCUCCAAGAAGUGCUUAUCUGAACUACAGGGACCUUGAUUUUGGGACAAAUUCAGAGGACUACAGCUAUUCCAAGGCCAAAAUAUGGGGUGAAAAGUAUUUUAGUGGCAACUUCGAGAGAUUGGCUAAAGUGAAGAGUAAGGUGGAUCCCAGCAAUUUUUUCAGAAAUGAACAAAGUAUUCCAUCUUAUUCUACUAAUAUAUAG